UCCCCGCCGCCGCCACCGCCAUGGCGAGCUGCGGCUUGGCGACGGCGAGGGCUAGCGCUAGGGUUAGGGUUUCGGCGAGUGAGUUCCCCUCGUUCCUCCCCAAGGAGGUGGAGAGGAUCAAAGACUCUUGCGCGAGAGAAUUGGCCAAGAGGAUCGAGCGGGUGCCCGUCAAGGUCAGCUUCUCAAAGAGCCCUAUAUUAAGUAGUUGUGUGAAGCCACUGCAGCAGCAAAGCAUGGAGCCAGUUGUUCUUCUCCAUGGUUUUGACAGUUCUUGUUUAGAAUGGAGAUACACAUACCCGUUGCUUGAAGAUGCUGGAAUUGAGGCAUGGGCUGUGGAUAUUCUUGGAUGGGGUUUCUCUAAUUUAGAAACACUUCCAAAAUGUGAUGUUGCUGCCAAGCGUGAGCACCUCUACGAGUUUUGGAGGUCAUACAUUAAAAUACCGAUGGUUUUAGUUGGACCAAGCCUUGGUGCUGCCGUUGCUAUCGACUUUGCUGCCUGCUAUCCAGAAGCGGUAUCAAAAUUGAUUUUCAUUGCUGCAAGUGUAUAUGCUGAAGGGACAGGAAACCUGUCUAAAUUACCUAAAGUUGUUGCAUAUGCUGGGAUGUUUGUGUUGAAGAGCUUUCCCUUGCGAUUGUAUGCGACCACCUUAACCUUCAACAGUGUUCCAGCUGGAUCAUCCAUUGACUGGACAAAUGUGGGCCGCUUACAUUGCCUCUUGCCAUGGUGGAAAGAUGCAACUGUUCAUUUUAUGAUCAGUGGGGGCUAUAAUGUCAUUAAUCAAAUAAAGCAGAUAAAGCAUAAGAGUCUUAUCAUAUGGGGAGAGGAUGACCAGAUCAUUGACAAGAAGCUAGCAUUGAGAUUGCAUGAUGAACUCCCACAUUCAGCUUUACAUUAUAUCCCUCAAUGUGGUCACAUUCCUCACGUUGAGAAGCCGAAGAGAGUGGCCAAACUCAUUCUUGAAUUUCUCAGAGGAGAUGUCACAGAAAAACAAAAACCAUGGCUCUCAAUUGCCUCCCCCUUCCAAAUCGAGGAGGUCAGUUAGUCCAAAAUUUCUUGACCUGUUUAUCGGAAGAUUUAAUUAAGUGUUACUAACCAAGCUAUUUAUUGGUUAGUAGUGUAAGGGUAAAACAAAUAAUUGCUUCUUUUGGGCACAUCAUUUACUAGUUCAAUGGUUGUGUAUAAGUUAAAGCACCCUGUGGAAGUGUAAUUGUCUUAGAGUGGUAGUUGUAGUUCUAUAAUUCUUUUAGAUUACACAGCGUUUAUGAAUAAUGUAAGUAUUAUGUUACUCUUCUCCUUGUGACGGUAGUAACCAGUUAUGUAUCAAUUAAUGGCUAUUUAACAUCA